CCAGGAUGUGUGGCGUGGUGGGUAACACGCUGCCGCGUUUUGCGUCUCAAGCCAGAGACUUUCGAAGCCUGAGAUUAUCGCUCGAUCUUGCGCCACCGGCCGCCAUGGUGAAUGAGGGACCGCCGACCCCGGAGGCGGUCAAUGCAGCGAUGGAGGAUGUGCCCACCACGGGCCCCCUGGCGAGCAGCUACCGGCGCACCUUGCGGGAGAUGAAAAAGAAAGGCGCGGAUGUGGACCCCGAUGGCCCUGUGCAUUUCAAGCUCUGCGGGGCCUUGAAGAAGCUGGGGCUCACCAAAAUUGACAUGCGCACGUUCAGAGAGUGGGCCGACAGAGUGACGCAGUUCGUCAAAGAAGAACGGGAGGUGUGGCUGGUGCAGAAAGAGGCUUUCCCGGAUGUGGGGAAGGACAAAAAAGUCAGCUUCUGGCUUCUCGGACCCAGCGAGGCCCAGGGGGUCGACCACGACAGGGUGUGGGUGUUGGAUGCUCACGCCCCCACCGGGCCGUACAUGCGCGGGGCCAUCAGGCGCACGAUCGGUUGGAAAGCUACAAAGGACAGGGGCUCGAAGAAACCGCGCCUCGAGGAUGGCGACACCCAUGCUUCGGGGCAGAGCUGCGGCGCCGAAGUCGCCGCAGGGUCCGGCCCAGCGGCGGCCCCGCAGGGCAUGGCACCGGCCCCGGCGGCUCUGGCAGCGGCUUCGUCGGGCAUGGCGCCGGGGGGGGCGGAGGCGGCGCCCGAGCGGAAGCGGAGGAAGACUCUGGCCGAGCACGUCAGCAGCGAGGACAACGACGACGUGUCCAUCAAGACCCUCCGGUUGGACUGCCAGAAGGCUUGCGAGGCCGGCCGCUUCUACGUGCCAGGAGAGACGGACACGGCCCAUUUCCGGGCGAAGAUGUACGUUGGCUACUUGAAAAAACAGAAGGCCGAGCACAUGAAGAGGGAUUCGGAGAAAUCGUUUGCUGAUGAGCUGUCCGUUGAGUCAAGGUAUUUCUUUCAAUACCUCGCCGAUUGGAUCUUGAAGGGGAAGACGCACGAGGUGAUCGGCCACUUCGCGCCGCUCUUCCGCGAGGCCAAGGAGCUGCACCCCGCCCUGGUCCCGAAGAUUGCGCAGGCGAUCUGCAGCAUCGGCGAAGUGGACCUCCUGGGGCAGUUUUCGGGCUCAGAGAGCGAGCUCGAGAAGUACGGCCUUCCGCCGAAGCACAUCUCUGCCCUUGCUGGGAGCCCGUUCCUGGCUGGCUUCCGGAAGGCCCGGUUCGAGGCGCAAUUCGCCCUGGCGAAGACAGCCAGCUCGUGGCGCGGCGCGGCGCCGGGCCCGGCUGCGGAGCAGCCCGGCGGCGAGCAGCCAGGCGGCGAGCAGCCGGGCGGCGAGCAACCCGACGGCGAGCAGCCCGGCGGCGUGCAGCCCGGCGGCGAGCAGCCAGGCGGCGAGCAGCCAGGCGGCGAGCGGCCCGGCGGCGAGCAGCCAGGCGGCGAGCAGCCAGGCGGCGAGCAACCAGGCUCUAGGCCUCCUAGGUGGUCGGCCUCUACAGGCGGCGAGCAGCCAGGCGGCGAGAGCGACGGCUCGGCCGCUUUGCAGGCGGGCAACGCGGACAGCAGGGCCAGGCUGGAGCUGAUCAUCUCGCUGCUCGGCAACGCGCAGGCGGACGAGCAGCAGAAGAAGGAGCUGGAGUUCGCGAAGGCCAUGAUGACGAAUUCGCCCGGGCCCAGGCUGGCGCAUCUCAUGAAAAUGGCCCUGGACGAGUUCAGUUUGCUCGAGGCGUGGUUCCCCGGGGACCCGGACCAGGUGGUUGGGUUGCUGCUAAAAGGCGUUCGGUACAAGGAUUGCGCAAUCCAGAACGUGGUCAACGCCAUCCAGCACGUGGUCAAGGGCGGCGCGCAGGAAUCGUUGGUGAAUCCCGUGGUUCGUGGUUUGGGGGCUCUGUACGUCCGCCUGAACGAGCUCCAAGCGAAGGAGCCCAAGGACAUGGUGGAGCCAGAGAUGGGGCCCCUGGACAACCACGAGGGCCGGGAUCGAUCCCAGGAGCAGCGCUCGAAGUUCAUGGCAAGCAUUUUCGCGGAGGUGGCCUCCCUCCGGCUCGGCGCUGUUGGCUUCACCAGCAAGGCGCGGGAUUACACGGGCAUCCCGUCGAAGAUGUUGCAGGAGGUGCACGCCAUGGCGAGCUCCGCGGUGCCGCUCGUCACGCCUGACAUGCCGGCCCACGCGCUCAUGUGGUGUCACCGCCGGGUGGUCGAGGAGCUGGGGGCCAAGAAGAAGUUGCAGCAGGAGCUGGCCAACGAGACGGGGGCGACCGAGGCGGCGAAGCCAGACGGGGCGCCGGCGACGGGCGGCCCGGGCGUUGAUCGGCGCAUGCGCCCCGGUCGGGCGCGACCGGGGGCGGCGCGACAGCUGACAGGGCGGCGGCAGUCGCGCAGCCAGCGGUCGCCCCGAAGAAACACCAGACGGAGCCGGAGGUCAUUGCUGUGGGCGACAUCGUGAUGAUCACGAAGUCCCCGAAGGAGCCUCUGUUGUGGCUGAACAAGAAGGCGCGCGUGGUGGAGCUCAUCCCGGGCCAGGGCCAGGCGAGCAUCCUCAUGCUGGAGGGGAAGAAGAAGGACGAGAAGACGACGAGGCUGAUUGAUAAUCUGAAAAAGGUGGCCGCGGAGACCCCGGCAGCGGGAGGCGGCGGGGCCGGCGCUGCCGAGGCGGGCGCGUCCGAACCGUUUGCCGACGCAGCUUCCGAGGCGACGGCGGUGUUCGGCGCGGAGCCGCCUUUCGGAGUGGACGGGGAGUCCUGAGCGAGGAUUCUGGAGGAUUGCGCAUUGGCCCCUGGUGCGCGAGGUAGCGCUGGCGCCUAUGGCGCGCCAGCAGUCCCGUGGCCUCGAGAGCGGGCGCCCCGUGGCAGUGUUCGCAGCGGAUGUGCGGCGCAAAGGAUCUCGGCUUGAGCUGUGCUUGGCGCGGUUGCCCCGCAGAAAAAACACCGAGGCCGGCGGGGUCCGGCGGGCGAUGGCGGAAUGAAUUCAGGCGGCGGCCGGCGGAAGCAAGCUCGUGUUCCGAUCAACCGGAAGCCAGCGGAAGUAAUUGAAAUCAUAUCCAGCGGCUGUCUUCACGACAGCCGUUUUUGGCAGCCGCGGGGCAGCUGCCCUCCCCGCCGAGAAUUUUCUGGGGGUCGCUUCCGUUGGCGGGCGACUUGGCUGUCGGUGGGCAUAGUUCGUCCCCCAGAGUUUCGUCCGCGUUCGCAAUGCAGCUUUGACGUUGUACCAUCCUGGGGGCGUGAGGGAAGGUGG